GGCAGAGCAGGGCGAGACAGCGUACGACGCAGCCACAGUCCUCCGCCAUUCAGACACAGCAUCGACGGAACCGGGUGGACCAGGACCGAGCCCAUCAGCUUCCCACGUCUCUCCAGCAGGUUUUCUGUGACACUUUCCACACCGCAGCGUCAACAUGCGUGAGAUCGUGCACCUGCAGGCCGGUCAGUGCGGGAACCAGAUUGGAGCAAAGUUCUGGGAGGUGAUCAGUGAUGAACAUGGCAUUGACCCAACAGGGACCUACCAUGGAGACAGUGACCUGCAGCUGGACAGAAUUAACGUCUACUACAAUGAAGCUUCAGGUGGCAAGUACGUGCCCAGGGCCAUCUUAGUGGAUCUGGAGCCAGGCACUAUGGACUCAGUUCGCUCCGGCCCCUUCGGACAGAUCUUCAGACCCGACAACUUUGUCUUUGGUCAGAGUGGAGCUGGAAACAACUGGGCCAAGGGUCACUACACAGAGGGAGCUGAGCUGGUGGACUCAGUCCUGGACGUGGUGAGGAAGGAGGCUGAGAGCUGCGACUGCCUCCAGGGUUUCCAGCUGACACACUCCCUGGGCGGUGGAACUGGCUCUGGAAUGGGAACUCUGCUCAUCAGCAAGAUCCGUGAAGAGUACCCUGAUCGUAUUAUGAACACUUUCAGCGUUGUGCCAUCUCCUAAGGUGUCCGACACGGUGGUGGAGCCCUACAACGCCACGCUGUCUGUCCACCAGCUGGUUGAAAACACAGACGAGACUUACUGCAUCGACAACGAGGCCCUCUAUGACAUCUGCUUCCGUACCCUUAAACUCACCACACCCACCUACGGAGACCUCAACCACCUGGUCUCUGCCACCAUGAGCGGGGUGACCACCUGUCUGCGUUUCCCCGGCCAGCUCAACGCUGACCUCCGCAAACUGGCCGUCAACAUGGUGCCCUUCCCCCGUCUGCACUUCUUCAUGCCUGGCUUCGCCCCCCUCACCAGCAGGGGCAGCCAGCAGUACAGAGCUCUGUCUGUGCCCGAACUCACUCAGCAGAUGUUCGACGCCAAGAACAUGAUGGCCGCCUGCGACCCACGCCACGGCCGCUAUCUUACCGUGGCUGCCGUGUUCCGUGGGCGCAUGUCUAUGAAAGAAGUAGACGAGCAGAUGUUGAACGUGCAGAACAAGAACAGCAGCUACUUUGUGGAGUGGAUCCCCAACAAUGUCAAGACGGCUGUGUGUGACAUCCCGCCGCGUGGGCUUAAGAUGGCCGCCACCUUCAUCGGCAACAGCACGGCCAUCCAGGAGCUGUUUAAGCGCAUCUCAGAGCAGUUCACCGCCAUGUUCCGUCGUAAGGCCUUCCUCCACUGGUACACCGGCGAGGGCAUGGAUGAGAUGGAGUUCACCGAAGCAGAGAGCAACAUGAACGACUUGGUGUCUGAGUAUCAGCAGUACCAGGAUGCCACCGCAGAGGAGGGGGAGUUUGAGGAGGAGGGAGAGGAAGAAGUGGCCUAAGGCUAAACUCACUCAUCAUUACUCAACUGCACCCAUCACACCUCCAUCCAACCACUAAAUUUAACCCUACUCUACUCUCUUACCCUCACUCUCUUCUUCUUCUUCUUCUUUUCUUCUUCUUCUUCUUCUUCUUCUCUCCUCUGGAUCUCCACUCCCCCUCUAUCUGCUUCUGUCUUUUCUUCUGUUGAACUUCUGUUGAGUAGGUUUCACACUAUAUUUACACUAAAUCGAUUCUUCCAUUUCAUUGCUCAUGUAGCGGUAGCUAACACAAGUGUGCUUGUGGUCUUUUGUCCGUAGCGUUUUAUUAAUGUUCAUUUAUCAUCAUCAGUCAAACAGUUUCAUACCUGGAUCAAGUAUUCAAUAAACCUGUUCAACUCACAAAAUCUGAUCAUUUGUCUAAUUUGGCACUGAUUGAAAUAAAUUUGUCGG